AUGGAGCGCGUUCGUCGGGUCUUCGAAUGUGUUGCUUCUGCAAAGCGGCCGCUUACCACGGCUGAAGUAGUGGAGAUCUACACUCUGGAUACCGAUCUGAGGUCGUCAGAUGAUAUGGAUAUUGAUGACUACGAGACAUUCAUGCUCGAGAGAUGCACGGGUCUACUUAACAUCGUUACCCGGACAAGUUAUGAUGAAACAGUAUACGGAACUGUGCAUUUCAUUCACUUUUCCGCGAAAGAGUUCCUCAUGUCUCCCAAGGUCCGGAGUACUGAGAGCUCCGCACAUUGCUAUAGAUUCGAUGAAUACUCAGCCAAUCUUGCGCUAUCGAAGAUAUGCCUCGCGGCGCUUGAAGUCGCACCCGCGCUGUCUUCCAUACUCGUGUACGCAAACGAUUAUUGGAGAGACCACGUCUCGCAUCAGAAUGAACUUGACCUCGGCGAAUAUCUUGGCCGGUUUCUUCAGAUGGACUCUUCACCUUUUGCUCGCUGGGCAAGCACCUUGCCGAUCUGGAAUCCCGAUCGAGACGAUGCUGCUAUUCAUUGUGCCGCGGCCCUCAAUCUGUCUCACCAUUUGAAGAAGUUGCUGGCACGGUCACAGUUCAACCAAUCUUCUCCCGUGAGAAGUACUCUUGUUGCAGUACGUUGCCCCCAAGGGCAAACUGCAUUACACCGGGCUGCAUCUGCUGGUACGGUUGAUGCCUGUCGCCUGUUGCUCGAGCGCGGAGCUCUCGUCGACGAUGCCGACAAAUAUGGGCACACUCCCUUCCAUCUGAGUGCACAAUCUGGGAGCUUUGAGACCAUAAAGAUGCUUCUCGAGCACCCCCGAGCAGAUGCGGGGGAUCCCGGUGCCCGCAUUCAUGCCCGUAACAAGCUAGGGCAUACUGCAUUGCAUCUCGCUGCAUUGUCUGGAAAGGCAGAUGCUUGUCGCCUAUUGCUCGAGCGCGGCGCUCUCGUCGACGACACCGGCGAAGAUGGGGACACUCCUUUACAUAUGAGUGUAGAUCUAUUUACAAGUGUGGACGUUAUGCGGAUGCUUCUCGAGCACCCCCGAGCGGAUGCGGCGGAGUCUAGUGAUCGCAUUCAUGCCCGUAACAAGCUGGGGAGGACUGCUUUGCAUCUCGCUGCAGGAUCAUCGCGCGAGCCAGAGGCCUGUCGCCUGUUGCUCGAGCGCGGCGCUCACAUCGACGACGUCGACAAAAACGGAAACACUCCUUCACAUUUUGCGGCUAAGUACUGGUCGCACUCAGAUACCACCCGCUUCCUUCUAGAGUAUCGCGCGGAGAAGAAUCUAGGAGGUCUACCGCGAGCUCAUAAACUCAGGAAUCAGCUGCGCCGCCUUGCCGAGGGUUCCGAAGGCGAACUGUGGCGUGCCAUUCUCGAGGACUUCGCGUCUCAGAUCGGCGCGGUCGAGGUCAGUCUUGCCGAGACGUGGUUCGUAGAUGUCUAG